UUUAUCUAAUUGCAUUAAUGUAUGUAGGCUAAUUAUAUGAGUACAUGCGUUAUCACCAUUAUACACAUAUGAGUCCCAGCCGCAUCUGGUCCUGUCAGUCAUAAAACUGCCUGAUCCUAAAUAAAACAUAUCUGCCGACAACGUGAAGGUCAGGAGAAGCGAAGUAAACUUUAAAAAGGAAAAUAAAGGGGAGAGUAUGUCUACUACCGAUAGUUUAGAUAAUAGCCAUUUGUCUAAACGCCUCCAGGGAAGUUGCGAUAUUACUCCAGAAACACCGUCAGUGAAAGAACUGGAAUGCAUUUUAUACAGCGGUAAAAGUUACAUGAACCAUGUUGAUGAAGUAUGGCCAAACCUCUUUCUUGGGGACAUGUGUAUGGCCCAUGACCGACAUGGUUUAUGGAAACUGGGGAUCACGAACGUGCUGAAUGCCGCCCACGGGAAAACGCACUGCCAAGGGAGUCAUGCUUUCUAUGGGACAGCAAUGGACUACUAUGGCGUGCCUGCUAACGAUUUGCCAACCUUUGAUAUAUCACCCUACUUCUACCCGUCCGCAGAUUACAUCCACGAGGUCCUGAACACUCCCGGAGCCAGGAUCUUUGUCCACUGUGCUGUUGGGGUCAGUAGAUCUGCGUCGCUGGUACUGGCCUACCUAAUGAUCCAUCAUCGCUUCACAUUGCUGGACGCCAUCAGAAAAGUGAAGGAAAGCAGGUGGAUAUUUCCAAACCGAGGAUUUCUUAAACAGCUGAGGACUUUGGAUAUUGCAUUACAUAAACAGCACUAAAUGAAGCGACUCAACUCGAGAACUGUGGGGGGUUUAACAGAAGACAUGAUAUGUGCCGCAUAUGGAUUGGAAGGAAUUAGGAGGAUUUUAAUAGGAAAUUAUGGUAUUUUCUUGCUUCAGAGAAAUCCAGGAUGAAAGUGUUUGUAGCACACAGGUACUUUGUGUUUGUCACGCAGAAUUAUUGAUGGCAGUAUCCUUCCUGUUAAUGCAACCUUCAUGUAACUAAAGCUCGAUAUGGAAAUGCAGUAAAUUUUCACGGUGUUAAACACCACAAAAUACAUUUCAUAUAUACCGUGUUAAUCAUUUUACUGGUUUAUCAGCACAUUGCAUACCUACUACAUAAUAUUUAUGUAGUAACUAUAUUCUACCACUAGAUGCCGCCAAAGUAAUCACAUUCGCAGGGAACAGUUUCUGUGUAGUUCCUGUGCAAUAAGUUAGUGCAAUUAAAAUGUAAGGCUGUAGUUCGUAUUACUUUUUAUCACACACUACACACCCAUUCCUUGUCAUUUCUUCUCUGCUAUAUAAUGUCUGGUGAGGUCACAUGCAGUUCAUGUAGUUCAGCAGUAGCCCAAAUGGAAAAUAUCAAGUUAAAAGCUCUGUCAAUAAUAUUUUUUUUUACCAGCAACUCAUCUUCCAGGAUAGACGCUUAUUGAAUCUGAACUCCUCUAGGGGGAAAUAGUUCUGCUGAUGAGCGCUGGAAACUCUUCCCUUCGCGUCCUCUCAGAG